AUCAAGUGCAUUUACUUCGUUAAUACAUUUCGUUCGUUUUCGUUCGUGGAUUGGGUAUAGUUAUAGCCAGUUAAGGUCUUAGUUUUUAACAUCCACCAUUUCUUUAUCAAUUCUGACAAUAAAUGUAAUCUACGCUUGCAGAUAAAACCAUUUUCACCAUACCAAUGCAAUCUGAAAACCUACACAUAUGUACCUUGUUCUCAAACACAAGGUAGAGUAUGUGCACAACGAAUUUUACGUCUCACUAAAUACGUGUCCUCGCUUAUAGCAGCUGGCCUGGUGUUUGUACAUUACAUUAAAUAACGUAUAUACAAAGUAACAUUAAUUAAAUAACUUAAUCUAGUCUUCUUUAAUUAAUGCAUAAAUUUUUAUAAAUCUUAGACGUCUAUCCCGUUCAAAACUUAGGGAAAUAUUAAGAGCCCGCGAUACCAUGGAUGAUGUAAACUUUGAACCCUUCACAAUAACUUAUUUUUCCAGCCAACCCUUCAACGUCUUGAGAAUUCUUGGUUCUGGUUCCUUUGGAUUAGUAGUAGAAGCAGAGCACACAAGAACAAAUGUUAAAUAUGCAAUCAAAAGGUUGUAUCAAGGCUUCAAUUCCUACGACGGAUCAGAAGUUAAGUCAGCAACAGACCAAAUGGCAGAACUCAAAUUCUUUCUGAAAGUGGGAAGUCCUGAUACUAGUACACAAAAACAACACCCCAAUGUUGUGGGGGUCUUAAGAGUUGGCUUUGAAAUGCGACAGCAGGAAGAAUGGGAUGAAGUUGAUCCGUUGUGGGAGAUUUGGAAACAGCAGUUGCCCCUUCCAAAUUCGUGUUCAAAUGUGGAAUCUAACCCCCUGAACUUUCCUAUAAUAGCGUGCAUCUCACUGCAGACUGAACUCUGCAAUUUAGGCACGCUUCGUGAUUGGAUGCAAAGGAAUAGAACCAGAACUUUAAUUAAUUCAAUUAAUUUUGUAUCACAAGUAGCGUCUGGACUGCAUUUCGUCCAUUCCAGAAAAAUUGUUCAUCGAGACCUCAAACCUGAUAACAUCUAUCUAAAUCAAGAUUCCGUUUCUUCCGGAAUAAUUGUUAAAAUUGGGGAUUUUGGUUUGGCUAAAGUAGGGAAGGAAUCACAGAGUAUAAAUCAGGCUGUCGAUGGAAAUACACAUGCAUUUCUAUCCGGGAAAUUUUCUGCGAGUCAAUCUGGCUUAGGAACCGAGAUAUAUAUGAGCCCAGAACAGCAUUCUGGACUCCAAUUCGACGCCAAGACGGAUAUUUACGCUUUGGGAAUCAUAUUUCUCGAACUCAGCAUUAAUUUCGAAAACAUAUCGACCCGUCUGCAGAUAAUAACUAAUAUGCGAAAUAAAGAUCCUAAGUUACCAAAAGAUUUUGAAGAAUCUAUGCCAUUUCAAAGCAAGAUAAUUUUUGACAUGCUGUCCGACAACCAGAUUCUGCGUCCUACUGCAGAACAAUUAGUGCAAAGGUUUGAUAAUCACGUGAGAUCUGUACCACUUGAAAAGUUGCUACUUCCAAUGGGCAAUCUCAAUCUUCCCGCAAGUAGUUUCAGCAUUGGUAAAUACAUUACGGAGUUGGAAACUGCUACCGCAGGGGAUGUCGACGUCCCAGUAAUUUUCCUUAGUGGCGGAGCUGGUGUAGGAAAACGUGUGGUGCUUUACGAAUUAGCAAAUAGUCUUGUGAAACACCAAGGCUUUACAAACGCGCCCAUGAUAACAUUGGACUUGGGUUCGGGAAACAAUGCGGAAAUUGAUUCCGCCACAUAUUUUGCAAAUACAAAGCUUAAAAUACUACCGUAUCUUCAAGAACUUAGAAAAAUAUUGCCGUUCAGUUUCCUAACUAAAUUGAGACACAAGAUGGAAACAACUGUUCCCAAGGACUUGAAUGGGGAUCAGUUGAAUGAAAAAAUUGACGAAUUUAUUCAAGAAUGUCAGACCUUGAAGAAACCUUGGCUUAUGGUUAUUAAAGUGCUAAAUUAUAGCGAUGAGCAAGUCAAAGGAUUCCAAGAAUUUAUUAACAUCCUAAGAAAGUAUGGAAGAAGGCGGCCGCUAAUAGUGUUAAUUGGUUGCAAUCUACCACACUUUGAACACUUCUCUGACGAUGGCUUAGUCGACGUUGUUUACACGGAAGUGCAUCCCUUCGCUAAAGAGGUUGGUGUGGCCUUUAUUAAGAAAUAUUGGGAAGAUUCAAGGUCUGCAAGGGACAAUCGGUGCAGUUUUGGAGCUGCCAAGUACUUGGCAGGAGUGAGUAAUCAAUCAGACGAGGGACGGGAGCUUCUUUCAGGAAAGGAAGAAAGCGUGUAUGGGCGUUUAGUCGACUUUCUAUGAGGGAAUCCAAAAGCUUUGAGAACAGCCUUGGAUUUUGUUUUAUAUAAAAACAAGUCCACAGAAAUUUGUGAGGCUUUUUCUGUGCAUGAUUACUUAAAUAUGGUAACGUUCAGAACACAGAUCUACUGGCAAUUCAACGUUUAAAUGAAUUGAAAAAAAUUGAUUACAACAAAUAUGUAAUACAACUUGCGGAAGAGAUUUGGUGCUUUGAUGAUACUAAUCAAAUACCUUAGUUUAUAAAAAUAGUAAUUAGAUUAGGGAUAGAAAUUUAAAAAAAAUGUUAGUCCACCGUCUUUUAAUUCUUCUAAAGUUUGUACCCACAUAUUUAUGAAUCACGUUGCUUAGGAUAAAAUACGGUUGUGCCACCUCCGGCUUGUUAUUAUUUACUAGUGUACUUUCAUACUUUCAAAAGGGCAAUGUUGUACAAGUAGACAAGAAUUACGUAAGUAUUUAAAUUUAAAGCUCAAUCUGCUCAAGCAAUGAUUCUUGUUUCAAAAAAGAUAUUACUAAAUUACAACUAAUGCACAAGCUCUACUUCCAGCUUCAAUACUUAUUGUUAUAGUGCACUUUCAUGCCUGUAAAUAUUUUACAAACACACUGCAACCUGCUCACAAUAAAAUUGAAUAAGAGUC